AUGUCCGGCCCGAAAACGAAGCACGACGAAUUAGUAUAUGAGGCGGCGCGCGAUAUCCUGAAAACACUCGCAUCGGACGUCGUCCUCGAAGAAGCGACAGGCUUCAACGCGAGUGGCGUGGCCAACGCCUUUGGAGCCCUAGACGAUGCCCACGACGCCCGAGACAGCUCGGCGCAGUCGCACGACUCGGCCUCACACCAUCGCGACAGUGAUUCCUGCACCACGGCCAUCACGAGCCCGGCUCUCGAGCCAGGUGAUGGACCGUCUCCUCGGAUCACCGCCUUUGAGGGCCAGUCUGACGAUUUUCAGAUUCGCCAGCUUCAGGAUAUGUUUGCCGACCUCAAGACCCACGACAUCCAGCUCGCCUUUAAGAAAUCACACGGCGACUUCUUCACUGCUAUGGACAGUUUGCUCAACACCCAGUAUCUUGAAUCGACGGGUGAGCGGAAGAAGGGAAUUGAUGGAUUUUUCCAACCUGAAGGUACUACUUCUUCGAGCAAGAAGAAGAGGAAGAAGAAGCAGCGCAAGGGAGGCUCGUCUGCGACCGGAUCGUCCACAAAUACCGAGCCCAGCUCCCCUACGGAAAGAGAAGGUGACAGCACAUAUCUUGAAGACAUCUUAUUCAUCGCAGAGAAACUUGACUUGCCCUACGACGAAGCAGCCCACGUCUUCCGCCUCCAAGGCUACUCCCGCGAGCGGACAAUCAUCGACUAUCUAGACAGUUACAUCCAACAAGGCGUCCGCGCUACGAGCGACGCCAGCCGCGCCCGCGUGACAGAGCUCUCCAACCUCUACCGCAGCAUCCCGGAAAAGUACAUGCCGCCACUGAUCGGCAUCGCAGGAGACGUCGACCAGUGGGUGGACGAGCUGGCCGCCCUCCUCAACACCUACUUUGCGCACCUCGGCCCCCAACGACUGGCCGUCGAUUACAAGCUGACGCCGCUCGUCGGCGCCGAGAUAGAAAGCUUCAUCCCGGCCACGGGCUCCAAGGCCCACAAACGCGGCGCCUCCUCCGCCAUGCCGCCCCCGCCCCCGCCCAUCCCGCAGUCCAGCCAGCCCUUGACCUACCAGGACGCCAUCCACGCCGCGAGCGCCCACGCCGCGGCGCGCUCGCACUCGUACACCGCUGCCGCCGCCAGCUUCAAGAAAGGCGGCUCGAACCCGCUCUACCGCCAGGCGGCGGCCUACUACGCCGAGCGCGGCCGCGCGCAGGCCCAGACGUACGCCCAGGCGCGCAGCGUCGCCGCUGACAUGCUCGUGACGGACAACAGCUCGCGCAAGGUUAUCGACUUGCACGGCGUCGAGGUCGCCGACGGCGUGCGCAUCGCGCGCGAGCGCGCCUGGGCCUGGUGGCAGGGGCUCGGCGAAUACCGUGACCUCGAGGCGCGCGACGGCUUCACCGUCAUUACGGGGCUCGGCCGCCACAGCGCCGGCGGCGUCUCGCGCAUGCGUCAGAGCGUAGCUGCUGCCCUGAUAGAGGACGGGUGGAAGGUGUCGGUCGAGACGGGACGCUUCCGGAUCACCGGUCGACGCCGGGCUAUGUGA